AUGCCGGUCCCGAUGACCUGGCUCACGAAGAGCGCCCGCGGCGAGGUGAGCGUCAGGUACCCGGUCUUGAAGUCCGACAUGAAGUCGGAGGCGGUGGAGACGACGGACGAGACGACGCCGCAGAUGACGAGGCUCCCCACCACCCCGCCGUUGCCGUACCCGAUCCACGACGCGAACAGCAGGAUCACCAGCUUGCUGUACUGCGCCGCGAAGUUGGUCUCGGCCACGCCCGUGCCGUAG